AUCCCUGUCAAACGUCUUGUUCUUGUCAGAAGUCAGUGAGUGUUUUCAAAUCAGUUGGCAAAUGGGGUUUUGAUAUUUUUAGGCACCGCUAUCAAGAAAGUCGACAGUUUUAUACCUCGAGACCGUCCUAGAAUGCCAUAUGGUACUCUCGGUACUUUGAGAGAGACGUUCGAUUCGUUUAUUUGAUUUAUCUGAAGCCAAUUAGUUCUGCUUCUCCCAGUUUCAGGAUUAGAGAUAUUAUCGUAUUAUGAACCAAGAUAAAUACUUUGAAAGAAGAAUGGUUGUGAACAAAUUCAGCAACAGGCCUCCUUUUGAUUUGAAGAAACCCCAAGAAUCUCUAAACAUCACCGAAAAUAUUAAAGAAUAUCCCGAAGAGAACUGCAUUAAUUGUUGCAAAAAUCGUUGCACCAAACAAAAACCUCCAGUUAUUCCCAAAUCAAAGAAAUUAUCCAAAACUGCUCCAGACAAAGAACUAGCUGACAAUACUGACAAUAGAUUAAUUAUAUCAAAGAUCAUAGAAAAUUUCCAGAAGGCCACUCCAUCUCGAGAACUCCACAGGAACUCCGACAUAAUCAACAAGGGUUCUGUAGAAACUUUAUACAGGAAAAGUACGAUUUCCAAGCUUGGGAAAAACAUCCCGGAACAUAAACUAAUGAAAAAUCUACUGAAAAACUUUGAGGCGGACUCUGAGAGAUGUCUGGCUCAAAAAAAGCGGAAUUUUGGCAAUAGGAAGGGUUCUAAAUGCAAGAAAAUCGCAGUAAAAAAGAAUGGACCGUUUAAUAGUUGUUCGAAAAUUAAUAAAAAAACUAGCACAACUGGAUUGGUUUGGCCUCCAAGGUCUGUAGAGAUGAUGCAUUUUUAUGAUAAUAAAAUGUCUAGUAAUCAUAACACUAUUUAUGAGGAUAUGGAGGAAAUAUCUAGUAAUAAUGAGAGUUCUAGACCGAUUUCUGAGGUGGGUGAUAUUGUUUUAAAGCGGAGAAAACUUACUAAACAGUUUAAAAACAAUAUUAGUGACGAGACAGUUCCAAAAAUGAGUUAUAAACCUGGAAGAAUAGAGACACUUCCAAAAACAAAUUCGAAAAAUAACAACGACAAAAAACUAAAACAAAACCUCUCCGAUAGACCAGAAAAGAAUAUUCGUAAAACUAUACCGAUGAAGGAAAAAAGUUUUGUUCAAAACCAAGUGGAAAAAUUGAACAAAGCAUCAAUAAGAAAAAAUAAAGAAAAGACGACAGAAACAGAGCGUCCAAAAUAUUGUUCACAAAGCGCACAAAAAUCGCAAUAUUUGGAGGUUAUGAAUAAAGUGAAAAAUACAAUUCCACAGAUUAAAAAUGUUUUUCAAAGUGAUAGUGAACAAGUUUGGUCUGAUCCAAGUUUCGAUGAGAUUGCGCCGCAAUAUAUUACGUUUCCUAAAGAAACAAGGAUGGCCAUAGAUCAACGUUUGAGCGAGAAGAGGUGUCCAAUACCGCUGUCAAAAUUUACGAAAAUUGACAAUGUCAAACCUGCCGUUGUUUUGAAUGCCGAGGAAACAAAUUAUAAUGAUUAUUGUCACUGUUAUGAUCAUGGAGACGGACCUGCUAAAACUCAAAAUUACCCAGCCGAAAGAAGAAAUACAACAGCAAAAACAACAAAUAAAUCAAAAUGGAAAAUUCCGAUGCCUUGCAAGAAGAACUUGUUAUGUGACAAAGGAGACCAUCAUAACGGGCCUUGUGGUUACACCCAUAAUUCUUUCAAUAAAGUCGUUUCUUAA